GGCGCUGUACUUCCGCCACAAAAUACACCAAAAGCAGCGAAUAAGACCCCCGAGCAUGGGCAUAAGGCAUAAACAAACAAACAAGGUAGAAGAUGGCGGAUAUUGGUUCAAUACGGGCGGCAUUUUUGUGGACUGACGACGAGGUAGAACUUCUGCUUAGGGUCACACUAGAGUACAAAACGACCAAAGUACAGGAGAAUGUUGACUGGGAGUCCUGCAAGUGUAAAUAUAUCGAUAUUUCUCGCGCAUUUCACGAGCAGUAUCCGAGGACACGGGCAGACAAGGAUUUCCCUCACGACGCGAACGCCAUUACAAGGGUCCAACUUACCGCCAAGCUUAAGCAAAUUCGCACCAAGUAUAGGCAGUUGGUGAACACUGGGAGUCGGAGUCACCAAGGACGUGUUAUGCUCUUGUUUUUCGAGCUGUGUGAAGAGGUCUGGGGUGGCUCGCCUUUUACGUGCACCAUUAGCUCCCCUGCUACGCGCACCAUUAGCUCCCCUGCUACGCGCACCAUUAGCUCCCUAAGCUCCGGCAUCGAGACGGGGGACCUGGAAGAGUCGUCUUCCGGACAAAGUUCAUCCCCGAGUUUGGAGCGUUCCAAAGAUUUGCCACAGCCGAGCCAAUCCAGCGAAAGUCUGCCAGCUGCGGUUGUAAAGCAUCGCAGGGAUCUGCUCCAGGCAAAGCUGAACAGCCACAGAAGUGACCGCCUGAAGAGAAAACUUCCAGCUGACCAUGCCGUGCAGGAAGACAUCAAAAUAAAAAAGAGGAUGUUGGAGCUAAUGGAGCAAACAUCUAUCCGCAACGCAGACAGCAUGCAGCAGAUGAAUGCCAGCAUUGUCAACAUUACCAGCACUAUUCAGGAUGGCUUUUCCCUGAUGAGGGAAUUAAUUCAUGCUCACCCCCACAGUAGCAGCGGUGGAUAUGGACAAUUCCAGGAGCACUUGCCACCAUUCAUGCAUAGAAGGCCACACACGGCUACACUGGCCUACACACCAGGUAGGUUAUUGAAAUGCAAAUGUAGGUUAUUUAAAUAGCUAUGAGAGGGACUUGCUAUGUCAACCAAUCAGGUGUAUAUCCUUUAUCAUUUAAAAAAAUAGUGAGAUUGAACCCAUAAGAGGGUUUCCCCAUGACCUUCUGAGUAAUAUAUUCCAAAAAAGUAUAGUCAUCCUUUACUUCUUGGUAAGAAACCCAGUGACUCACGGGGCACUUCCAGCUUCAUACCUGCAGAAACACUUCCACCCUCCUUCUGUUUCAUGGUGUUUGCCACAGUCUGGUGAUACCUCUCCAGACCAGCAGGUAGAGUGCUUUCCUCACUGUAGCACUGAUGCAGUAAAUAAAAGAGAAAUCUCCCUGACGUGCAACUUCUGCUGCUGACAGUGGCCUUCUGCAAGCUGAGCUCAAAAUCAUAGGUUACUUUAAAAGGACAGAAAAGUACAGGCUGCAGCUUUCUGGGGUAAGAGAAGGAGAAAAAAAAGAAACAUACUUUUUCAGAUGAACGUCACACAACAGUACUAGCCCACAGAGCGGCAGGCUGACUUCAACUUGAGGUAGAACAGGAAAUGUCAGAGCAGAAAUGAGAAGCAGCAGAGGGUAGCGUGCCAAAAUCAAACCACAGGGCACAGCUAACCUUUUCACCUCUCAAGGGAAGUGACUAUUGGCCUCAUUUGUGAUUAACCUUAUCUUUCUUGGUAAUCUUGUUCCAACAAGUUAUUACUUGCGAGUAUCUGAUGUAAAACCUUCCUUUUUUACUAAUUUCCAAUGUAGAACUUGUUUGUUAUGUCUCUGUGUAGAGCUGUUGUGUUACACUAAGGUCAUAUUUUCUGUUUAUAUAUUCUGUCCGUUUUUAUCAUAUUGUAAUCAUUUGCCCAACAAUUCUCUCUGACUAAUGAUACAUUUGACUUUCUUGACACAAACAAACUUGAAUGACCUGUUGCAUUUGUACCUUUUUCAAUAUAUAUUUCAGUGGAUGCAUUUCCUGUUAUUGAUCAUCUCCCAAGUCCAAACAAGAUUCUUCUCUUUUCUUACACCACAUUCUAUAAUCGUUAAGAUGGAAUAAAGAGAUCCUUCAA